CGCGUAGCAAAUAUGAUACAAAUGGUUUUAUACGGUUAACAUAUGUAGAAGGUUUGGAGACAGUUGUUCCUAAUUUUGCAUUAGGCUUAACUCUGCAACAGCAGUAACAAAAGGAGUGGAGGCUGCAGAGACAGGAUGUGGGGUUGGUGUGGGCAGCUAAAAAAAUUCUAACAGCUGUUUACUUUUUAAUCUGCAGCCGUCAGAUCCUGCAGGUCUUUGAUGGGCAGCCCAGUCUACACGAACGACUGAACUAAAUCUUGCCUUAAUCUUGAGCCUUACUGGGCAGCCACUCUUGUACAUGUAAAUCACCGUGCAGCUAUUUUCACAGGGGGUGGAUUAUUAAAAGCCAUACAGGGAAGAGAAAGUGUUGCACCGUCACCAAACAAACAAAAACAGUCUUUACAUUGCAGCAAGAGUGAUGAUGGAGUGAGCGGAGGCAGUGGCUGCCCUGUAAUUGACGGGCCAUCCUCACUCGCACUCGUCCUUGUUAAUAAAUGACCAGAUCCCAACAGGCUGAUGUGCCAUUAGCAUAUCCUAAUAGCUCUGAUUUCUUCAUUAAUAGAAUUUCCACUAAAUAAGCCUUAAUUAUUUUCAACUGAAGAACCAUAAUUGCAGCAGCAACAUUUUUCUCCUUCUUAAUCAGCGGCUCAUUACGCACCGUUUGCUAUAAAAUAUGACUUUGCGAGCUUGUGCAAGUCGCAAACAGAGUAAAGCUGCAUUGCUUAUGUUGUAGCCUACAUUGUCCUCUCCAGCAUGGUCCAGCUAGCCCACAGUUUGGUUCUGUAAUUGACAUGGUAAAUAUUUGUUUAUAUAUCAUUUUGCUUGAGUGUUUUGUAUUGUUAUUGAAUUGUCAUUUGCAUGAUGUUUGUGUGCGCAAUUUAAACAUGCUGGAAGCCGCAGUGUACAUUCGCACCACCUGUGCAUAAAAUAGACCGCUAUUUAUUGCGUUCCAAAUGAUUUCCAAAGGAAUUCACACCAGUGUAAUAAACAUUUAAAUUAUAUCACAGUUAAUUAGGAAAACAGGAUCGACUAUAUCCACCUCGGUCUAAGGAGUUUAUGUGUUUUGGCACAAAUAUGUAAAAUUGGCUUCAUGAUGGGGAAAUGAUUGCCUUUUUAAAUCCUCGGCAAUUUCAUUAUCUGACUCAAACACCAAGAAAAAGGAAUGGCUUGAUCUGCAACUUUAUUCAUAAAACCAAGCGUUAUUACUAUAUGUACUAUGUGAACCAAAAUAAGAACCAGUUUCUCCUUUUUGCAUUGAAAGACACACAAAACAAAUUAAUAUGCUAUAUGUUGCGUUUAAAUUUCGCCUUUAUGCAAAGGUCAAAAAUGCGAAUACAAAAACUAACAGAAUUAAAAUAAUUAAGAGAACAAGCAUAUUUCUUAUUUUCCUGACGUCGGUUUUUUUUCUGACAAUUUAAUUAAUGUGUUUGUGUUAGGUCUAUAUGAUUACAAUUACCUAUUACCCAUAUUGUUUAGUAGACUUUAGUGCAGGCUGCGGGCUUAUCGUGGUUAAUUAUGAUUAAAAAUACAAGCUUUAUUAUUUAGUCUUAGUCUUUUGGCCCAUAUUCUGUAUAAUUUCCCAUCUCUGUGAUUUAAUCUGCUCUGUAGUCUGGACUGUGCUGUGGGAUUAGCGCCGGGACGGACUGGGCAGCGCACGCUGUCAGUUAUUGGGAGAUCAUUUGAUUUGCAUGUGAUGCGUUUCCCAUAGCAUCUGGAGAUCAAUUCGGGUAGCCUACAUAGUGAUUCUUUUCUAGGAGACUCCAGCUAGUAAUUCUAUCAUUUCACAGGUAAAACGUGUGAAUAGACGAUUUAAUUUGGCCUAACUCCUUAACGAAACAUUAUUUCAGAUGUGAUAAUAUGUAGUGAGAUUAUAAGGGUUUGGGCAUAAAAAAUGUUUGUUAGAAAACAUCUCCAGGUUCGUUACUGUAGUUUUAAUCUUUCUAAUCUGAUCUUUCUGUGGAAUGUGUAGUACGCCAGGUUAUUUAUUGUAAUCAGAGCCUCUUUACUGCAGCCUUGAAGACGGUCUUUCUGUAGCUUAAAUCCCUUCCUUGUUUAUCCAGUCCUUAGAAAAAUGCAGAUAUGUAUCCGAGAGGGCGUAUAAUGCAUCCAUGAUCCACAGGAAUCCGGAACCCUCGCAGCUGAUUGGCUGCGGGGUCCUGCCUCUUGUUGAGAUGGACCUGUUGGAUAAAAGGACCACUUUCUAAAGGACUCGUGUGUGGCACAGAGGAUCAUGCACUGGGGACCAUUCUGUAACACGAUACAAUAAGAAAUAGGCCUUUCAAGUAGCAUCAGUGACAUUAUGACGGGAAAACAAGGCUCUGUUUUGUCGGAAAGUUUACAUUUAUCAGAGAAAACCUCUCUGGUUGCAAACGCGGGGAGUAACAGCCACCAGCCGAAGAGCAGCGGCAUCCAUCCGCCGCCCAGGUGCACCGGGCCGGCUGGGGCUCACCUGAUCGCCGCCAGGUCCGUGCUGGGCCCCGCCGGCGUGGGCGUGGGUGUCGGGAUGGGAUUAAUUGGCCCUAGUGGAAUUCCGUCGUUUUACAGCCAACCAGCGUUUUUGGAGACUGUGCUGUCGGACGCAAAGGACGUUCACCUGCAGCCCCACAGCAGGUCCGUAGGCCCGUUGGACACCAUUCAGUCUGCCAGCUCAGACUCCGAGGAUUUUUCUUCAAAUGAACGAAAACUCUCAAAGUCAUCAGUAAAUCAGAGCAAGAAACGCAAGAAAAGACGUCACCGGACCAUAUUCACGUCGUACCAGUUGGAAGAGCUGGAAAAGGCCUUUAAUGAAGCGCACUACCCAGAUGUUUAUGCUCGAGAGAUGUUGGCCAUGAAAACAGAGCUACCUGAGGACAGGAUACAGGUAUGGUUUCAGAACCGCAGAGCCAAGUGGAGGAAGAGAGAGAAAUGUUGGGGGCGUAGCACUGUGAUGGCUGAGUAUGGCCUGUAUGGAGCUAUGGUGAGGCAUUCAAUCCCCCUGCCAGAGUCCAUCCUCAAGUCUGCCAAGGAUGGCAUCAUGGAGUCCUGUGCCCCCUGGCUGCUCGUCCAAGAUGGCUUACCAAUCAACAGACGCUAUUCUAAAUCUGAAUACCCGCAACUCUUUGCAGGGAUGCACAAAAAGUCCAUGGAGGCAGCAGCCACCCUGCCCACAGGAAAGUGUGAUGCGCCCCAGCAGCUGAGCUCUCAGAGGGCAGAAGAUACUGAGGCAGAGGAGAAGAGGUCAGAUGGCAAGCCCACCAUUUCUAAAGAGGAACUGAGAGAGAACAGCAUUGCUGCACUCAGGGCCAAGGCACAGGAGCACAGUGCCAAAGUGCUGGGGACAAUUUCUCAUGACAGACUGCUGGAGGGCAAACAGGAGAGACAGGCGGCCGAGGAGAAAGCCAGUGACCCUCUGAGUCCGGCAGAGGAGGAGAAAAGUCCAUAGAGACUGAGGACCGUUACUCUCAUGAGUUCAAUGCCUUGGCCUGGCUGCUUUAAUUAUGUGUACUGUAUGGACUCACCCAGCAUAGCUCUCUCCUGCAGGUUUCCAUCCAUCAUCUUUAAACUGUCCGUCACUUGGACUGCUUCUAGAAUCAAACUCUUUUGACCAUUGCUGGCUCCCUGCUGCACAGAAGAUGCAAAUGCACUUUUUCUUAUUUACUUCCAAAUUUACAUAAACUUAGAGGGCCUUCAGACAGAGUCCCUAAUACCUAACGCCUAACCCAGACUGAGUAAAAUGCAAUUCCCUGCUGGGGCUGCGUUGAUUGGGGGAUGAGGGGUUGCUGGGGGAUUGUUGUAGGCGUGUAUGAUACAGCCACGUUGUGAUGAGUGGAAGUGAGUGGCUUCAUUCACUUUUUCACCCCGCGGGUUUUUGUUAUGUUCUGGUUAGUCAUGCUGCUAACGUAGCCUACUCUACCUUAGUAUCAGUUUCUACCACCAGUGUGUUAGCACUGAUAGAUAGAAAACACCGUUUAACAUCCAGUACCCUAACUAACAAAGACUCAUGGUGUCAUUAUGGUGUAUUAGCUGUGGCCCCAAUUUGAAAGUGAAUAGCAAUGAAUGCUCAUGCUAACAAAGUAAACAAAAGAGUCUUGUUCCCAUGAAUGUCCACAUUACGACUGUCAACACAGCACCUUUGUCAAAUGAUGUCACUGUUCGGUGCGGCAACAGUUGAACCAGAUUAAACUUUUUCACUACACAUGGUUGCCCCCUGCGGUGCUGGUGCCAGCUGCAGUGAACAUAGUCCCCAUAGAAGUGAAUGGAGAGGGCUGCUUUUUUCACACCUUUGAAACUCAGAACAUGGGCUUACAGUUGUUGCUUACCCCAUGGCAGAGAAGACUGGGCUAAGCGGGAGUCGAGUGUAAAUAUCAGUGUAUAUAGAGAGCCAGAUGAGUCAAAUUUUAUCCAUACAGUUAUAAUAAGUCAGUUAGGACUACCAAUGAGCAGUCAGUUUCUGAGGUUUACAUCUUAUUCCUUAUGUUCAGUUUAAUGUUGUGCGGUUAUUAAAUAGUGACAUUUGAAUUAAGAACCAUCCCACCGACAGUCCUCUUCUAAGAGAAAGAAAUUGUCAGACAUCACGCUGUAUAUAACUGAUAUGUUAAUCCCUCUCAGUAAGGCACAAUUUAAAAUAUGUUUUCUUGUAGUCCUAAAAAUGUUUGCAUUUUCAUUCCAAAAUAUGUAUA